AUGGUGGAUAUGGUCUAUAUAUGUUUUGAAGAUGCUGAUGGCUCUCCUCUUGAAGGGAUCCCACAAUUUGUGUAUGCUUCAGCCCAGGGGUUCUUUUUUGUUGCAGCCACUUGGGGAAUGAGAUUUCAAGGUCAAAUUUCGGAGUCAGUUGGGAAUCUAAAAGGGCUUCAAUUGCUCAAUCUCCCCAAUAACCUUCUCGUUGGCCAAAUCCCACCAGUCAUAGGAUCCCUGUCAAACCUUGAAGCAUUGGAUCUUUCUUGCAACAAAUUGGUCGGGAGAAUCCCUUGGCAACUAACGCAGCUCAAUUUCCUUGCAGUUUUCAAUGUCUCUGACAACAAUCUCACAGGGCGUAUUCCACAAGGUCGACAAUUUGAUACAUUUGACAAUAGUUCAUUUGAUGGGAAUUUGGGGUUAUGUGGAAAUUCACUAUCAAAAAAAUGUGAGGAUUCUGACACUCCAUCACUUCCAUCAUCGAAAGAAGAAGAAGACUGGGUAUCAAUUUUCCACUUUGGUUGGAAAGUAGUGUUGAUUGGUUAUGGCUUUGGCAUGGUGGUUGGAUUGAUCAUAGGGAACAUCACAAUCACGAGAAAAGAUGAUUGGUUCAUGAAGACUUUUGGAAAGAAGCGAUGGAAGAGGCCUAUCAAAAGCCUAGCAAGGUGGUAAAAGAAGAGUGCAAGUGGCAAGACAAUGAAACCUAUCAAAGCCAGCAUGCCUUGAGCUAUCAUAGGUGAAGUAGGCUAGCUUUUACUCGUUCAAAAAUCUCCAGCUUA